AAAGUCUUGCACUCUAACACAGUGCUCAGCAGUGAGAAGUAUCUUGGACAAUGGCUUCAUACAUGUUACCGGAGGGAUUUAGUGAUUUUGACAUGUUCGCCUUCGGCUCUGUGCUGCUGGUCGGCGGUCUUCUUGGUUUCUUUCUUAACUUAAUCUCGAUCAUGGCGUUCCUCAGAAUCCGGGAGAUGCAGACGCCCAAUAACUUCUUCAUCUUUAACCUUGCUGUGGCCGAUCUGAGCCUCAACAUUAAUGGUUUAGUGGCUGCUUACGCCAGUUACCUGAGAUACUGGCCGUUUGGGUCGGAGGGCUGCCAGAUUCACGCUUUUCAGGGAAUGGUGUCGAUCCUCGCCGCCGUCUGUUUUCUGGCUGCUAUUGCUUGGGACAGAUAUCAUCUGUACUGUACUAAGCAGAAGAUGUUCUGGAGCACAUCUAUGACCAUCAGCACCAUCAUCUGGAUCCUGGCCGUGUUCUGGGCGGUCCUGCCGCUGCCGGCCAUUGGCUGGGGCGUCUUUGACUUUGAGCCGAUGAAAACAUGCUGUACGCUCGACUACACACAAGGAGACCGGAGUUACAUCACCUACAUGGUGUCCAUCACUUUACUGUAUUUAGCAUUCCCGGUUAUGGUUUUGCAGUCGUCCUACAAUUCCAUCUAUGCUUAUUUCAAAAAGACACACCACUUUAAGUUUAACACAGGUUUACCUCUGAAAGCGCUGCUGUUCUGCUGGGGUCCGUAUGUUCUGAUGUGCACAUACGCCUGCUUCGAGAACGUUAACCUCAUUUCACCAAAGCUCAGAAUGGUCCUUUCAGUGCUUGCCAAGACAUCGCCAAUCUUCCACGCCGUCCUGUACGCGUUCGGGAACGAGUUCUACCGUGGAGGAAUCUGGCAGUUCCUCACCGGGCAGAAAUCUGCAGACAAAACGAAAUAGUGAAUGAGCUUUAGCCAUGUAAUGUUGUAUUCAGACGAGUCUGCAAGAGUUUACAUGUGAUAUGACUGUAAUUCACUGUAUGAUUAUGUCAAAUCAGUGCCUAACACAUUUGGAGAUAUUUGUCCAGAAUUUCACAAAGUGAUUAUAGAAGACUGACAUAUGAAGCCUUAUUUCAGUUCCCUGCAGUGUGAGAGAUCACUUACACAGUUAGUUUAGGACACAAUCAUUUAACCAUUUCAUUGUUCUUGUCUUACUGUUGCUGCUGAUCAGUGCAUGAGAAUCUACUAUUCAUGUGUAAAUCUGUAAGUAACCAAAACUUGAAACCAGUGAACGAACUGCUAAAAACAAAAGGGCUUUUCAUUGUUUAUCCACAGAAUAAACCGUGAGGCACAA